UUAUAGAAUUUCUUUGAGAAAAUAAAAAGUGUGUGUAUUAAGAAAAUUGUAAUUUUGGGUAAGAAUUGAGUGAGUAUUGUGGAACUUAUGGCUUCGGGCCAACGUGAAAUAUCACAAAGAAGUGUGUUUUUGCAGAUAAUUAAGAUUAACAGAAACGGAAAAAUUUGUGUUUUUGGUGGCGUUUUUUAGUUGAAUUUUCUUCAAUCUUCUCAU